AUGGCAUCCUUCUCGAGAUUGCGACCCGCCUUGAAGCGCGGUUCGGCCAGACUCGCUGCCCCUCAUGUCCAACACGUCCCUCUCCGACGAAGCCUCUACCUCGCGCCGCCAUACCUGCUCGACGACUACAUACCGCGUUACCAACUGUUAUCCUCGGUAGAUGCCGCGAAGAAACGAUCCCUGGCGUACGCGCAUUUGCGCGAAUGUAACCUGUGUCCUCGGCUUUGCGGUGUCAACCGCUACGAGACGACGGGCGUAUGCCUGAUAGGAGCCGAGACUGUGAAGGUGAAUACCAUCGCUCCUCAUUUUGGCGAGGAGCCCUGUUUCCAGGGACACAACGGCUCUGGAUCAGUUUUUUUCUCUGGGUGCAAUCUGAGAUGCGUCUUCUGCCAGAACCACGACAUAGCCCACCAGCGCAAUGGUUUCGAUCUUACGCCAGAGGAGCUUGCCGAGUGGUUCAUGAAGCUGCAGGACGUGGGCCGGGUACACAACAUCAACCUCGUUACACCCGAGCAUGUCGCACCCCAGGUUUGCUUGGCCAUCCUGCACGCGCGUGAGCUCGGUCUGCGCAUACCCAUCAUUUACAACACGUCGUCGUUUGAUUCGCUGGAGAGCAUCCAGUUAAUGGACGGCCUGGUUGACAUUUACCUUCCCGACUUUAAGGUCUGGAGUGACAAGACAAGCCGGCGGUUGCUCAAGGCCGACGGCUACACAAAGGUGGCUAUGCAAAGCAUCAAGGCUAUGCAUGACCAAGUCGGCGACCUUUGCUUCACCGCAGACGGUAUUGCCAAAAAGGGAGUGCUUGUGCGCCAUCUGGUCAUGCCGGGGAAAGAGGAAGAGGGUAGGCAGAUCAUGAAGUGGCUUGCGGACAAUGUGAGCAAAGACAUCAUGGUUCACAUUAUGGAACAGUAUUUCCCGAGAGCCCAUGUGGGUAAGGAGCGGCGCGGCCGUGCAAGUCAAGAUGUCGUUGAGCCAGGCGGUGCUGAAGCAUCGGCUUCGACCAAAAAAGACAUUAGGUAUUCAGACAUCAAUCGUCCUGUAGACUUGUAUGAGGUAGCUUUAGUCAAGAAAGCCGCCGAAGAAGCUGGCCUUUGGAGCAUUGCCGACAUGGAACAAAUCGUCCAUGACCUCAAGGUUGACCGAGACACUUGGCAGGCCGUGGCGAUCCAAUACAAAGAGGCUUUCGAGACGCAAUCAAACCGCCUGCAACAAUUACAGGACGUAUGUUUUGCCGCGCAAGCUGAGCUAGAGAACGAGCGCGCUCAACAUCAACGACUUCGGGCAGUUUCUGAUGGGCGCGACAACCACCGCCCUACAUCCCUCGAUGGUGUCGAAGAUCUUGAAGUCGAUUUCACGUUUGGUACAGCUGCAGUGUAUGCACCAAUCAGGACUGAGUAUCGUCAACUACGUUUGUCUUCAGAGGAUUGCAUCAACCCUUUGUUCGAACGUGUGCAGGAGUGCACUACCCAGCGGAACUACGGCACUGCUUUGGUCGAGGUCGAGCGUCUUUUACGCGGCCCGCUUAGCUGCAAAGCCCGCGCCGAAGGCUUGCUCCUAAAGAGCAACGUCCUACGCGCUUCAGGACCCGACGCGCUCCUCGAUGCGCUAGCUACGUGUAGCGAAGCUGUAGACUUAUGCGAUCGUCUCUCCGAACUCCAGGACUUCUUACCUAGGAUACGAUCUCAGCGCAGCCUAUUAUGUUACGAGCUACGUCUACUGCACCAAGCCCGAGAAGCCUUCAGUACCAUCAGUGACAACGAACUACUUUCUGCUAAAGCCUGCGAGCUUUCAAAGUCUUACGAUGAUGACCAGCAUCUGCUGCGCUGUGCCAAGCGUCGGUCGGGCUUUGAUGAGAGUCGCACUAUGGAAGGCUUGCUCGCUCAACUGGAAGAUAAGAAUGCAGAGAAUAAACGCAGACGUACGAGUGCGCAGCUUAGGCAGCGCGCCGCCGCAAAAGCGAGACGAGUGUCUUUACCCUACCGCUGGGUUAAGUACGCGCAACGUCUGGCUGAAGCAAUAUCCAACCACGACUUACAAGCACGCUCCAAAUACUGGUAUGGAAGAGGAUGUGCUGGUUUAGGCGAUUGGGAGUCCGCUAUAAGCCAUUUCGCAGCUGCUCUGAAGCUGCAUGUACCGAACAGCAAACCACAGAACCGUAUGCGCCAGCAGAGAAGUGCGCUGAGAUUUAAGAAGCAUGAUACUAAAAUCCUUUUGCGAAGUGUAACACGCCACUAUGACUUGUGUACCCAGAAAAGAAAAGAUGCGUGUAAGACUGCUCAUACGCGGGAAGAGGACUCCGGCCACAUCGGAGAGUCUGGCGUUGGAGCGCCUACGGCAUCAUCUUGGAUGCCGUAUUACGAAAACAUGGUUCAUCGCUCAAGGGAGAAGUCGACAACCGGGAAGCAGUCAACGCUCGAUCAACUUCUCUUGGGCAAAUCUGCGCCCAUCCUCGAUGAAGAAGUCAUUCUCACUGAAGAAGAGAUCAUUGCUAUCAAGAAGAGACUGAAACUGAAUGACGGCAAACGAGAAGUUCGAAAGAUCUUCGACGCGAAAGAGUGGCUGUAUAUCCUACGCGGUGAUAACAUUGAGCGCAAAAGUGUUGACAGUCAAGAUACAGUGUCUGACACCGUUCAAAGCCGUCACAGCGAUUCAUCUCAAGCACCAUCACCAGCUUCUAUCAUUACGCCACCACAAUUCUCACCCAGCAUCCCACGUAAUGUCGGUGCUGAGAUGGAAUGCGUAGGCUACGACAGUGACAGCGCGACACCGUCGCACUUCGAAACUCAUAAGUUCAAGCCUACAAGGAUGUUAGGAUUGGUGAAGCUGUGCAAAUCUCGUUCAACUCAAUGGGUCCAGAGAUGGAGAAGCAUUGACAUGAGGAAGAAAAGUCAAUCAUUCAUGCGGCUCAUCUUGAAUCUUUUUCUCUCAGCUGUGCUGGGUCUUGUACCUACGGCCAGUGCGACACCAUGUCAGGUGCCUGCUGUCAGCUUCGACUUCAUAAUCAUCGGUGGUGGAACAGCUGGCCUUGCGCUGGCCUCCCGACUCAGUAAGGCUCUGCCAAGUCAUUGUGUUUUGGUAAUCGAAGCUGGCCCGGACGGACGCCACGAGCAGCGAAUUUAUAUACCCGGGUUGAGAGGUUCGACCUUUGGCUCUUCAUAUGAUUGGAGUCUUCCGACUGUGCCACAGGCUGCAGCAAACAAUCGGACUAUAGGUCACAACCGUGGUAAGGUCCUAGGUGGAACCUCGGCCCUGAAUCUGCUUGUCUGGAAUCGUGCCACUGUCAAGGAAUACGAUGCAUGGGAAGAGCUUGGGAACCCGGGGUGGGGGUGGCAGAACAUGUAUCCAAGUAUGCUGAAAACCGAGAACUUUCAACGCCAGAAUGGCACCGCACAGUACGGCGUCGACGGUGUUGGAUAUGGAGGCCCGAUUCAAGUCGCUCUAACCGAAAAUCCACCGCCCCAACUCCAAGCUUGUGUCCCAACUCUGACUAGUCUUGGAUUGCAGGAGAACCUUCAAUCGUUGAAUGGCAAUAACCUCGGUGUCAUGUACCAGCCUGCCACGUAUCGCGUGUCCAAUCACACACGGUCCUACUCAGUUGAUUAUAUUCCAGAAGCUGGCGAUAACCUGGCCUUCAUGUUUAACACUACCGUUCACAGAGUGCAGCUCAACAUGAAAGGGUCGAAGGCGACUGGUGUCGUGCUCAUGAACGGCACGUUAGUGAAAGCCAGAAGGGAAGUAAUUGUCGCAGCCGGGAGCCUACUUUCCCCAAAGAUACUGGAACUUUCCGGAAUAGGUCAGAGAACCGUGUUGAACAACGCUGGUAUCAAGCAAGUUAUCGAACUCCCUGGGGUCGGCGAAAACUUACAGGAUCAUCUCCGAAUCCAAACAACAUACGAACUCAAACCUGAUGUACUUGGGGUAGAUAUUCUGAAAUACAACACGACAUUGGCAGCUAUUGAGUUGGAACGUUGGAAACGUGGCCAGCCAUCUUUGUAUCAAUACGCUGGUAGCUGUUAUGGCUUUCUGAAGUGGAAACAGGCUCUUGGCGAUGACAGCAUGCUCGUCCAACUGGCGAUGCAAUCAGCGAACAUGUCAAACCCUGUGGACCGAAAAAAGCUUGAGCUGCUCACUGGCCAUGAAUCUGGAGCGCCAGAUAUCGAGGUCGUAUUCAGCGAUGGUUAUAUUGGAACGACUGGAUAUCCAAAGAACGGUACAACUGGCUACAGUAAGCAGUAUGUGACACUUCUUGCUGGUGUCCAGCACCCAUUCGCCAGAGGAUCGGUACACAUCAAUGGAUCUGACCCUCUGAACAAGCCCCUAGUGGACCCGAGAUAUCUAAGUACAUCCUAUGAUCUGGAGGCUUUGAUAUCAGCAGCAAAGUAUACGCGGAGAAUGGCUAAGACUGCUCCUUUCAAGAACGUGUGGGUUUCCGAAUUCGACCCUGGUAUGGACACCGAAACGGACGCAGAGUGGGAGAUGUACAUCAGGGAUAACGUAUUUACAUUCUACCACCCACUAGGUACUUGUGCAAUGUUGCCGAAGAAAGACGGUGGCGUGGUUGACCCAAACCUGAGAGUUUAUGGCGUGGGGAAUCUCCGGGUUGUGGACGCGAGCGUAAUUCCGAUGAUCAUCUCUGCACACAUCCAGACAGCCAUCUAUGGCAUCGCAGAGAGGGCAGCGGAGAUCAUCACGGCGGAGUACUGUUGA